AUGGGUCUCAUCCGCGUUGGUCUCAUUGGUCUCGGCCCCGUCCGCAGCGAAGGCUACAGGCCUGGCGAAUGGGGCAUCCAGCACAUGGAUGCCAUCAACAACUCGCCGCACUUUGAACUCGUCGCCGUCGCCAACUCAUCUGUCGCCUCGGCCCAACGUUCCAUCGACGCCCACAAGCUGCCAGCCACCGUCAAGGCUUACGGCUCGCCUCAGGACAUUGCCGCCGACCCCAACGUCGACCUGAUUUCAGUGGCCGUGAAUAUCAACCGUCACUACGAGCUCGUCAAGCCCGCUCUCGUCGCCAAGAAGAACGUCAUCGUCGAAUUUCCCUUCAUGCCUACCGUUGAGCAGACUGAGGAGCUCAUCGAGCUGGCCAAUGCCAACGACGUCAAGGUUUUCGUGGCCGCCCAGGCCCGCGCCGACCCGGCAGUCCUCAAGCUCAAGGAGAUCCUUGCGAGCAAGGUCCUCGGUGAAAUUGUCCAUACCCAGUUUACAGCGCAGAACGCCAUGGGGACGCCUCCCAUGUGGCCCGAGUCUACGGAAGGCUUUUUCGAUAUCAGCGCUGGUAUCAGUCGUGUAAACAUCCUGCUCGGUCACCCACUCGAUGCCUUAGUUAGUGUCCUUGGGGGCUUCAAGUCCGUCCAGUCCAUAUUCAAAACCCAGGUCAGGACGACCAACCUCGUCGGCAACGCCGGCAAGGUCACAAAGCCCAACUACAAGAUCACUGCCCCAGACAUCCUCACCGUCCAAGGCAUCAUGAACAGUGGUGCCACCGCCGCCCUUUCCAUCCGCACAUGCCCUCUGCCCGCGGACGGCGUCGGUUUCCGCUGGCUCAUCACCGGCACCGAGGGCGAGGCCGCCUUCACGGCCGGCCCUGGCGUCUUCCAGAUGAACCCCACCAGCGCCAAAAUCACCCUCAAGAAGGGCGUGGCCGACUCUGAGGAGAUUGAAUUCAACCAGAAGGAGGGGAACUACUACGCCAACAUGGGGCCUAUGGGCGGUAACACGAUGCGCUUCUACGAGGCCGUUGCCAAGGGCGAUGUAGGUGCCUACUCGACCAUAGAGCAGACGCUAGAGACGGAGAAGCUUAUGCACGAGCUCAAGAAGGUGGCUAUAAUAGUCUAA